GACAAGGUGAUGCUUAUAUGAAAGGAAAGUUCUUAUUUAAACAUGUUGUGUGGUUUUGACAGUGAUUAUUUAUUCAGUAGUAUCCUUUUUCCAAUCAGUGUGAUUAGCAUUUGUGAUUAACCAAGUAAUAUACAUUUUCCAGGGCCAUUAAAUACCUAUUCAAGUAUAUUAACAAACCCGAGGAUCGAGCAAUGGCGACGGUACAUGCAAAUCAAGCGACAGGUGAUCAAGAGAAUGAUGGAAGUUCUUCGGCUGCAACUCAACGUAUAGAUGAGAUCAAGGCAUUCAUGGACUGUCGUUACAUAACGGCCGGUGAAGCAUGUUGGCGACUAUAUAAAUUCGAUCUUUAUCAUCAGUCUCCAUCAGUUAUGCGGCUCUCAUUUCACUUACCUGGGGAAAAACAAAGUGUAUUCCACGCAGAGAUCAAACAUGCAAUCUUUGCUUCAGUCGGAAACCUCACUGUUGUUGGGAUGGAUGGAAAUUAACCGUACUUCUCAUGCUUCUCGGAGGUAUACAUUUGUUGAAUUCCCCCAGUACUACACAUGGAAUAAGAAAUUAAAGAGAUGGCAGAAACGAAAGCAGAGAAUGUGUAUUGGCAGGUUAUAUUAUUGUUAUCCCUCAGCCAAGGAUAGGUAUUACAUGCGUUUGUUACUUCAUGUGGUGAGAGGAUGUCGAAGUUAUGAAGAGAUCCGUACCGUGAAUGGGGUAGUACAUGAUACUUUCAAGGAGGCAUGUUAUGCACUCGGCUUAUUAGCUGAUGAUACUGAGUGGACUGAUUGUAUUAAGGAAGUUUCUUUUUGGGCAUCCGGGUAUAAAAUGAGGAAUUUGUUCGUAACCAUUCUUAUACACAAUCAGGUACCAGAUGUGAAGACAUUAUGGGAGGAGAACUGGGAACUACUUAGUGAUGAUCUUAUCAUGCGUCAGCGUAGAGCAUUGAAUUUACCAAACUUGCAAUUAUCUCCUGAUCAACUUAAGGAAUUGUGUCUUAUUGAGAUAGACAAGUUACUACAAAAGCAUUGGAAAUCAUUAUAUGAUUUUCCAGGUUAGUCAAUUAUGUUAAAGAUACCUAAGACGAGGCUUCUGCUUACUUUAUGUCUUUAAAAUAGGAAAACUAUAUCAUUCUAUUUUGUCUCUUAUUGCAGGGUUGCCAACUCCAACUUCAUUUACAGCUCAGCGUUCUAGCAACCGUAUGAUCGCCAUGGAACUUAAUUAUGAUGUAGCACUCCAAAAGCAUGAAUUUGAUGCCAUGUAUCCGAAGCUGAAUUCUGAUCAACAGGCUGCAUUCAUAGCAAUAUUACAGUCUGUCAAUGCUGACCAAGGGAAAUGCUUCUUUGUUGACGGAUAUGGGGGUACCGGGAAGACUUUCUUGUGGCAGGUUCUUUGCCUGAAAUUGCGGUCUGAAAAAAAGAUAGUGUUAUGUGUUGCAUCUUCUGGAAUUGCAGCCUUGCUAAUGGCCGGAGGCAGAACAGCUCAUUCCCGUUUCUUUAUACCGAUUGACUGUGACUCUACAUCCACGUGUCACAUUGAUCAGGGUAGUGAAUUGGCUCAACUUCUUCAAAAGACUUCUUUGAUUAUUUGGGAUGAAGCGUGCAUGUCUCAUAAACAUAAUAUUGAGGCAGUGGAUAGGACUCUUCGUGACAUAUUGCGCAUCAAGGAUCGCCGUAGUGCAGAGAGAACUUUUGGGGGUUUGACUGUUGUAUUUGGUGGAGACUUUCGACAAACAUUGCCUGUUGUUCCGAAAGGUACUCGAAAUCAGAUUCUAAAUGCGUCCAUAAAGAAAUCUUACAUCUGGGAACAUAUCAUAGUGUUAAAAUUGACGCAGAACAUGAGACUGCGUCGCUCUAUGGCAGAGUCUGCAUCCGAGUCUGAAGAAAUUUCUGCCUUUAGCUCUUGGAUUUUACAAAUUGGAGAUGGCAUCAAUUCAAAUGUGUUUGGUGAAUCAACAAUUAAAAUUCCAUCAGAACUGUGUAUUCAACCGAUACAUGAUCCUAUUUCUGAUGUUGUCAAGUCAACAUAUCCUGACCUGUCAACAUGCUAUUCUGAUUAUAAGUACUUGGUUGAACGAGCUAUACUGGCCCCUCACCAUGAAGCUGUAUCGGCUAUCAAUUCUCAAGUUUUGCUGGAAUUUCCUGGUGAGCCAAGAUGUUAUCUUAGCAGUGACUCCAUUGAAGUUGAUCCCGGACAACCAAAUAUUAUGGAGAGUGAUUAUUCUACAGAGUUUUUGAAUUCUUUGAAGGUUGGCAACUUCCCUGAUCAUGAGUUGAAGUUGAAGAUUGGAUGUCCGGUUAUUCUCCUCAGGAACUUGGAUCAAAGUAUUGGUUUGGUUAAUGGAACAAGGCUGGUUGUAACAAAAAUGGGUUCUUGGUUUAUUGAGGUUCAAAUUCUUACAGGUACCAGUAUUGGCGAGCGUGUAUUCUUACCUAGAUUGAAGUUAUCAGAACGGUACAAAAGUCUCCAUUUUACAUUGGUGCGUCGUCAAUAUCCUAUUGCCCUAUCAUUUGCCAUGACAAUCAACAAAAGCCAAGGUCAAACCCUUCAUCAUGUAGGCCUGUAUUUGCAUAAACAAGUAUUUUGUCAUGGCCAGUUAUACGUAUUGUCGCGUGUCACUCGAAAGGCCGGGAUUAAGAUAUAUAGCUGCAACACUGAUGGAGAGCAUACACUCAGUAUGCAAAAUGUUAUCUACAAAGAGAUUCUAGAUUGAUGGAACUAAUUGCUUUUUCCAACAAUUUUUUCCAUCUGUACUGUAUUGGUGGAGUUCUCAUCUUAUAUGGUUAUAAUUUCUGAAAAUGAAUGAAGUAGGUGACAGGGAUAAUGACAUUGUUGAUUUCUGAUUCAUAUAUAUACAGGAAGUUGAGACACGUGUCAACAAAACAUCAUAUAAAAUUGACACCUUUUGUGACACCAAAUUUACAAGGACAUGCUAAUUUUCUUUGCACUUAUGUUUAUUGUGUUUGAGUUUCUACGUGGCUAUAACCAUAACCUGAGUUCAAACACCAAACAUUAUAUCUAAUUUUUGGUUGCCUCUUUGCCUAUCCUAGCUAUGAGAAUUUAGUUACAUUUUAUCUGUGAGAUGGGUAUAGGCAAAAUGCCAACAAGUUCAUAAAUAGAGAAUCAAACCUGAACACCUACGUGUCUAAAGAAACAGCUGGCCCACCCUACGAAGCAUCAGCAAGCUACACGUUCUCCAUAUUGACAAAAGUGUUCUCUCAAUGUUGGUGCAUGUAGUAAACUGUUUAGUGGUAAUAAUUGAUCCAUAUUGUUGUUUGUAAGUGUAUAACAUGCUGGACAGGCGACAUAUUAUACAUUCAUCAGCACCCAUUUCCUGCACUCUCUCACUUUUAAGCAUCUGCAUGGGAGUAAUUCUUCAGAAGAGGGAAGUAAAUUCAGAGCUGAAGUUAGAUAUCAGGGUAUAUGAAAAUUGGUUGCAGACAGAGAUGUAGGGGAGUUACCAGCUGGGUGGAAUCUAAGAGCGAUUUUAAGUGGACCUGCCAGCUCACAUUAAGGGGUUCGUCAUGAUGCUGGAAUCAUACCCCAAAGAUGGAGCUUCUUCCAAGUAGGAAAUUUCAGUAAUAAGUUCAGUGGGAUCACUCCUAGCAGCCUAAAAUGGCUAGAUCAUAACCUCUAAUUACGUUGGAGCUGCAAAUAUACCAAGAUUAUGUGGGUACAUGUCAUCGCAACAUUGGUGUCUUUCAUAUGGAAACAAAAUGCUCAAUGCACAAAAUCACCACACAAGGGACAAAACCAGAUGAAUUUAGGGACACUAGCAUUAUGUAAAGAAAUGUGCAUAAAUUUAGGCUUAUGUGGCAAAAUUUGAAUCCUCGGCAACGUUGUCAAACCGGUUUAUACCGUUGUGCUGGUUUAGCAAGUGGAAUGAUCUACUAGUGGUACAACCGAUUUAUGCCGGUUAAUAAAAUAUGUAGAAAUGUCAAAAAUCAUUAAUGUCAAAUGAAUUUAAUCCUAUAUAAAUCAUAUUUGAAGACAAUUUACGUACAAUUCGAAUUGAUACUUAAAUAAAAUGUGAUUUUUUCAAUAAAAUUACAUGUACUUAUAUUUAAAUUCACGAAAACAAUAUAAUUUUACUUAAAAAUUCGCAGAUCGAUCAUGCCGGUCAUACCGGUAGUGUCAUGCCGGUUUCAUGACCGGAACCGGUUUGAAUCCUCAACAAGGUUGUCAAACCGGUUUAUACCGUUGUGUCGGUUUAACAAGUGGAAUGGUUAUACCAGUGGUACAACCGGUUUAUGUCGGUUAAUAAAAUAUGUACAAAAGUAAAAAAUCAUUAAUGUCAAAUGAAUUUAAUCAUAUAUAAAUCAUAUUUGAAGACAAUUUACGUACAAUUCGUAUUGAUAUUUAUAUAAAAUGUGAUAUUUUCAAUAAAAUUACAUGUACUUAUAUUUAAAUUCACUAAAAUGAUAUAGUUUAACUUAUGAAGUUGGUGAAUCUGUCAUGCCGGUCAUACCGGUAGUGUCAUGCCAGUUUCAUGACCAGAACCGGUUGAACCAGUUUCAACCGGUGCCAUGCCGGCUGGCAUGACAACCAUGAUCCUCCGUCACCCACACACAACAAUCUUACCAUACAUUAUACAAGGUACUAAAAAUUUCUAUUAAAUCAUAAUAUAAUUCACUUAUAAAUUUAAAAAAAAAACAAAAACUUCUUGACCUUCUUAAGAAUUAAGAUACUUUCUGGUA